UAAAUGCCUGGGCUCCAAUUCGGACACCAAGCCCGGAUACCAAUUCCGAUAUCUGACUCGCCAGUGCGUGCCAACUCAGUUUCUCUCUCUCUCUCUCUCUCUCUCUCUCUCUGCAACAGGACGUUGAAAGUCCAUGGUCAUCGAAUUAGUUUCCUGAUCUUGUCACGGAGAGACGGGAAAGAGAAGGGCUUCGAAAUGGGUUACAUACAGGAAGCACGCGAAAAUCACGUGAAGAAGAAAGUCGAAGAAGCGUUAAGAAGCAAAAUGAAGCAGAAGGCACUUAAAGAAUGUGACCAAUUUACUUCUAAGUACGCGCAAUGUGCCUCAGGAAGAACCCUUUCUGUUGUUUGGCUUUGUCGCAGACAGGCUAAAGAACUGAAUGAUUGCCUACAUCAGUACACAAAUGAUGCUGUCUUGGAAGAGAUGAAGAAAGAAUAUGUGCUUCAUCAAGAUGCCAAGGGGUCUGUGAGAACCUAAGCUUCUCCCUGUUGACGAUCGAUAUGAUAACCAAGAAAGCAAGCAUUUGAAGCACAAUUGUACUGCCAGUUUGGAUGAUGCAUUUGCGUUGCAUUCGAGCUUGAACCCUGCUUUUUCUACUGACCACUACAAAGAACAGUAACAAGUUAUGAUUUAAUAUGGAGCAAUUGGAAGAUUUUUGUUUGGAAUGUCUGCCUUAUCUAUAAAGAUCGUGGUAGUUCAUAAUUUCAGUGUUUGUAAGUUUGCACCAAGAAGAAUCGCUUGAAGUACCAUGAGAAAUGGACAUUGCUAAUGGUAAUGCAUGUAUCCUACGGUGCCAUGUUUGAAUAUCUGCACGUAGUAGUGUUUGCUACCACUGUGCAUAAAUUGGACAAAAAAUUAUAAAUAA